AUGAAUAAGAGUUUUGGGUCUCUUGUUGUUGGCGCGGGUGAUUUUGAGAACCUCCCGUUUUUGAAAAAGGAUUGUCGUAACUACAUCGACAAGGCACGACAUCUACGAUUGGGCGCAGGUGGUGCUGGAGCGCUUCGAGACUACUUUCUACGAAUGCAGUACAAAAAUCCGGGGUUCUUUGCACUAAUGGAUUUGGAUGAUGAAGGGAGGUUAAAAAAUAUUUUUUGGGCAGACCCCCGUAGUAGAGCAGCCUACCAAUAUUUCGGGGAUGUCGUAACCUUCGACACCACCUACUUGACGAACCGAUAUGGGAUGCCCUUUGCGCUAUUUGUUGGUAUAAACCACUAUGGGCAGUCAAUUUUGUUGGGAGCUGGAUUGAUUUCCUCUGAGGAUACUGAGACCUUCGUUUGGUUAUUCCAAACUUGGUUGCAGUGUAUGGAUGGUAUAGCACCGAAGGCUAUUAUCACUGACCAAGACAGAGUCAUGAAGAAUGCAAUUGCAAUUUUUUUCCCAGAAAGCCGACAUAGAUUUUGCCUGUGGCAUAUCCUUAAGAAAGCCCCUGAAAAGCUUGGCUGUUAUGGUUCUUACAAAGGUGGAAUGAAAACUACACUGAUGAAAUGUGUGUAUGACACACAAACGCCCGAAGAGUUUGAAAAAUGUUGGGAUGAGAUGAUUAGUACGUACAGCUUGCAUGAUAAUGUUUGGUUGCAGAGUUUAUACACUGAGCGUGAGCAUUGGAUACCGACCUUCUUGAAAAAUGUAUUUUGGGCUGGAAUGAGUACAACACAGAUGAGCGAGAGCAUGAAUACCUUCUUUGAUGGUUAUGUUCAUGCUAAGACAAAUUUGAAAGAGUUUGUCGAUCAGUAUGAUAAUGCCUUGAAAAAGAAGAUUGAGAACGAAAAUUGCACGGACUUCCAGUCAUUUAACGUCACAAUUCCCUGCAUCUCGAGAUCUCCAAUUGAAAAGAGAUAUCAACAACUGUACACAAAUGCUAAAUUCAGGAAAGUUCAAAUACAACUUACCGGCAUUAUUGACUUGGACCCAGUUUUACUUAAAGAGGACGGUACAGUGAAGACCUAUCUGGUAGAGGAUGAAGUUCAUCUCGAAGAUUUCACUAAGCUGGUUACACAUUCAGUGGAUUUUAGUGAUGACGAUGCAGUCGCCAAGCGUUCUUGUGGUUUAUUUGAAAUGAGGGGGAUAGUAUGCAGGCACAUCUUCGCUGUCUUCAAAUGUAACGGGAUUAAGACAAUACCAGAUAGGUACCUGCUGGAUCGAUGGAGGAAAGAUAUCAAAAGAAGAUACACGUUGAUCAAUAGUAGAUAUGACGUAGGUGAUCAACGGGAAGAUUCUAAUAGAUAUUCAAGUCUGUUGAAUAUCUAUUAUAAGAUGAUUACUUGUGCGGCGAGUUCGAAAAAGCAUACUGAGGAUGCAACGACUAAGUUACAUGCGAUGAUUGCAGAGUAUGAAGCGAACCAAGAACCUCCAUCGAUGACUGAAGUGUGGAAAUGUUGA